AUGGAAAACGGCCCCUCCCGGCGGAGCACCCACCGCAUGACGCACCAGUUGAUGCACCAGUCCCCGCUGCUGGGUAGCCGCCCGACGUCAUUGCGCUCGCUCGUGGACCAGUUCAGACGGGAAGCCAAGAGCCGCGCGGGACUCUGCGACUUGGGUGCCUAUGCGUCCAUCCGCCUCGACGUUGGAACGGCUGCCUGUGACCGGCAUGUUAUGCCGUGCAGCGGGCUCGGCAACUCUUAUUCAGGUGCCGGGGCAGCCAGAAUGCAGUUCCCGGAACCGAUUAAACUGCCAAGGCGAGCACCCCUUGCCCAAACGCAGGACUCGGGCUCUACGAUUGUCGCCGGCGAAAGGCGCCUUGUGACAGUCGGCCGGCGCGCCCUUACCGAGAUGCGUCGAUCGAGGCGCAGCCUCUGGGCCAGGGGUCGGGUCCGGAACCUCUUCCUAUUCGCUAACCGCCAUCCGGUGCAACUUCCCUCACCCUCUCUCCCUCCACAUAUCCCCCAGGACGCGGCUCAGGACGCGGCGACCUUCCCACACACGACGGACGACGCCCGCGCCAUGUCUUGGGUCACCAGGUGCGAGUGCAUGAAGGCUGAGAGAGCUGCACCACUCGGAGGGCAACUCAUGGGCUGCCGGCGAGGCGGCUUAGAGCCUGCCAGCUGGGCGUCGACCACAUCUUGUCCGCAACACCAGCCGCGGUCCUCGGGUCUGACGAACAAGGAUGUUUCCGUGGCAUAUCUCUCGUUGGGGUACCUGUUAUCUUGCCAGCACGCAGGUCACUGCCACCAAAUCCUUCGGGAUACCCGCCGCCUCUCCCGCAUUCUCCAAUGGGACAAGCUGCCGAUGAUGCAUGGGGGAAGCCGGCCAUACAGAUUCGCGGAAUAUGACCCGCCCACUCGCCCGGCCGUGGUGGUGCGCGUGCUCCCCGGAGCGACAAGACUGGAAUACCACCGCCGAGCGGCAUCCGAGAGCGCCAUGAUCUAA